AUGAAGAAAUUGGGACGGGGGCGGCCGCCAAAAAAAUCGGUGCCUCCACCACCAAAAUCUCCGGUGGUUUCUACUCCGGUAGCUCAUUCGGACUCGCGAAGCCACAAUGUCAGCAAUAGAUUCAUUAAUGCAGAAAUUGCGGAAAUCGAAAACCUUGGAGAAACCUCAGAAGCUCGGGAUGAAGAAAUUGUUGAUGAGGUGAGUAAAGAAGUUGAACUGGAAAAACCUAAUCAAGCUGAAAUUCAUGAGGAAGGGCGAAAACUAUGGGUUGAUGUGUUGAAGGAUAACAGGAAUCCGGCGAAAGGACGUGUAAUGAAGUUCAUAGCCCCCCAAGUCGUGGAUGGAAAAAUAGAGGUAUUAAUUGAAGAAGACGAUGUCAGAUCUGAAGUCAAGUUCUGUGAAUCCUCUCUGAUUCUAUAUGCAAUGGGAGCGGACUUGAGUAUGACUGCUGUAAAGAAUUUUAUGACCAGAUCUUGGAACUUUGUUCAACUGCCGGACAUGUAUUUCAACGAUGAAGGGUAUUUUAUUCUCUGGUUUAAAUCGUUCAAAGAUCGUGAUGAAGUUUUGCUGAGAGGUCUGUAUAUGAUAAGAAACAUUCCUUUGUUGAUUCGAGAAUGGAGACCAGGGUUCAAGAUCAAGGAUGAACUCCUGCGAACCCUACCUAUUUGGGUAAAACUUCCCCAACUCCCUAUCGUAUUGUGGGGUGAUACAAGCCUGAAUAAGAUUGGGAGUUCCCUGGGUAAUCCUAUUAUGACAGAUGAGUGUACUGCAAAUAGACUGCGAGUGUCCUAUGCGCGUAUUCUUGUUGAAAUGGAUAUUACAAAGGAGCUUCCUCAAACAAUCACCAUUGCUGAUCAUGAAGGAGAAAAGAUUCAACAAGCAAUUGAGUAUGAAUGGAGACCUCUAUUCUGCAACAAAUGUCAAAAGGUAGGUCAUAGCUGCGAAAAGCCUAAGGUGAGGAAACAGUGGAUACCAAAGCAUGUGAAACAACCUGAAACUAAUGUGGAAUCAAAAAAGGUAGAGGCAGAUCAUAAAGGGCCUAAUGAAGUGGGAAAUGUUAAUAAGGUUAUAGCUCAGGCCAGGAAGAACAAUGUAAGCACUUCUGCUGAGACUCUUUCUCCUGUGGUUGAAAAUAUCAGAAACAAGGAUGUGGUAGCAGGUGUGGAAAAAUGGACUGAGGUUAUCAAAAGUGGUAAAGAUAGAGGAAAAAAGCCAAUUAAUGAUAGCUCUGUAGGUUCGGUUUCAUGUGAUAAUGGGUUUGAUGCUCUAGAGAUUUUGAAGGAUCUCAUAGAGUCUCAAAACACUGGUCAAUGA